UCUCAGUGCAGCAGUUGUUCUCUGAGUAACGGGACAGAGGUGAAUUAUUCCAGCUCACAUGCGCGCAACUGGGAGGAAAUAAAAUGAAUAUUCCAAACAGCCGUGGACUAAACAGCGCUAAACUACAAUCGAGCCAUCUCUCUUAACGCGCCUGUGUUUUUGAAGCUUUUUUCUUACUUUUUGAGGAGUUACGAGUGAGUUUUGGAAUAACUUUGUUGGAUUUCACUGUCACUACUGCAAAAACAUAACCUUUCAGGAUGGAUGACAGACAAUGCUACUACAAUGAAACCAUAGCCUUUUUUUACAAUCGUAGUCAGAAGUAUCUGGCCACAGAAUGGAACGCCGUAAGCAAGCUAGUGAUGGGACUUGGGAUUACAGUAUGUAUUUUUAUUAUGCUAGCUAACUUGCUUGUGAUGGUGGCCAUCUACAUCAACCGCCGAUUUCACUUUCCAAUCUACUAUCUAAUGGCUAACCUCGCAGCCGCGGACUUCUUUGCGGGACUUGCCUAUUUCUACUUGAUGUUUAACACAGGACCCAAUACGAGAAGGCUAACAGUCAGCACAUGGUUGCUUCGCCAAGGCCUCAUCGAUACGAGCCUUACAGCUUCAGUUGCCAACUUGUUAGCUAUAGCCAUUGAGCGCCACAUAACCGUGUUUCGCAUGCAGCUCCAUACCCGCAUGAGCAAUCGACGAGUAGUUGUAGUUAUCGUCAUCAUCUGGACCAUGUCUAUCAUCAUGGGCGCCAUUCCUAGUGUGGGCUGGAACUGCAUCUGUGCUAUAGAUACUUGCUCCAACAUGGCUCCCCUCUACAGCAACUCCUACUUGGGCUUCUGGGCGAUCUUCAACCUGGUGACAUUUGUGGUGAUGGUCGUUCUAUACGCCCACAUAUUUAUGUACGUACGUCAGCGAACCAUGAGGAUGUCCCGGCACAGCUCGGGUCAACGGCGGAACCGGGACACUAUGAUGAGCUUGCUGAAAACAGUCGUGAUUGUGUUGGGUGCUUUCAUUGUGUGCUGGACACCCGGUUUGGUGCUUCUCCUGCUGGACGUGGUCUGCUCCAACUGCAAUGUCCUGACCUAUGAGAAAUUCUUCCUUCUUUUAGCGGAAUUCAACUCUGCCAUGAACCCUAUCAUAUACUCCUACCGGGACAAGGAGAUGAGCGUCACAUUCAAACAGAUCCUGUGCUGUCAGCGCCAGGAGAAUGUGAACGGUACAGCAGAGGGUUCGGACCGGUCUGCAUCCUCCAUCAACCACACGGUCCUGAGCGGAGCGCACCAUAACGACCAUUCAGUGGUCUGAGGUUCAACACGGGCCGGGAUCUACUGAGCAUAAGUGAGAAGAGACUGUGAAAAAGGCAUUUUUAUCAGCAAAGGACUUGUGGUUAUGAAGUUUUCUGUGCUUUUUUCUGUCUUUAUAAAGUUUUGACAUGAUAUUGAACUAUUUAAAGGCUAAUCCAAGUGGAUUUAAAUAGCCAGUUUAACACAAAUUGUAUUUGUUCCUGAAAUGCCUUAAGUAUGGAAAAGUUAGAUGAGUCUUUUGGCUAGUUGUAAUUUUUUGGCCAGAUUGUUGUAAAUCGAGAAGAUUUUUUUUGUGUUGUACAGCGGGUGUCGAAGUGAAAGACGUAGUGAAGUGUCCAGUGAAUCUGUUCAUCGGUUUGCACUAGAAAGAAAGCGUGCAUGUAAGGGACCACUGGGAAAUUAUUUUGGUGAACUAGGUGAAGUACUUGAUUGUUUGCUUUUUGUUUUCAUUUUUGUUUUGCACUGCACUGCAUGUUCGUCCCUAUGAUACCAAGCUGCCACCAAAUAGAAAAGUAAAAAAAUACACUGCCGUGUAAGACUGUUAUGCUCACCAAGGCUGCCAUCAUUCAAAAAUACAGCAAAAGCAAGAAUGUUAAUGAAAUUGGGAAAUUUUGUGGAAACUGUGAUGCACCACCACACAAAAAAAUAAGGUUAAUAUAUAUAAUAUAUAUAUAGAUAUUAAGCAGCAAAAGUUUGUGAAAAUUUAGUUUCAAGCAUUUAUAAUAAGAAGAAACAUCAUUAAUAAUUGAGUGCCAGUAAUAAUUGAUAACAACAGAGCAAAAAAAUCAGCAUAUUAGAAUGAUUUCUGAAGGAUCAUGUGACACUGAAGACUGGAGUAAUGAUGCUGAAAAUUCAGCUUUGCAUCACAGGAAUAAGUUAUACUUUACAAUACAUUAAAAUAAAAACUUAUUUUUAAUUCUAAUAAUAUUUCAUAAUAUUACAGUUUUACUGUAUUUUUGAUCCUAUAAAUGCAGCGUUGGUGAGCAUAAACUGUGAAAAAAAUAAUCUAAUUUCUACACAGAAACAAAAAACAAAAACAAAAAAAUAUAUAUUGCAAAGCAAUUGUUUCAAAGCAAAGUUUAUGGGGUCCAAAAAGGUUUAGAAUGUAGAUGAAUGCUUGGAUUUGAAUUUUUCAUGACAAGGACCAUGAAAUAUUGAUGUAAAGCUGGGUAAACUUAUACAUCAGUGACUUGAAAUAGCUUAAUUUACUCAACAACUUUAUCUUUUUCCUGACACACACACACACACACACACAAUGAUAAUAUCAUUCCCAAUAGUUGUCAAAAGGGAUUAACACCUGUGCCUUAAAUAUUUAAUUUUUUAGAGUUUUUUUGUUUGUUUGUUUCUUUUUUUUUAUGAAUUAUGUACAGUUUUCUAAAACAAAAUAAUAGUACAAAUGAAGACUAUUUUAUGAAUGUCCAAUUUGUGGCCCCAGAACUGACCGAUUCAUUGAAGUGAUGCAACACCUUGUGUCAUGGCCUUAAUUAAAAUCAGAUGUCAAGAUGUUAAAAUAAUUUUAAAAUUUCUUACGGUGCAACAUGAUGGAAAUUAAAUGAUCAAAAACAUCUUUACUUCAUAUACCACCGUAUGUACGUAUGUAUAUAAUAUGUGUAUAUAUUCAUAUGUUAGUCAAAAAGGGAAUGUUUAUUGUGUAAAGUUAAACAUUUGAACCAAGGUAUAGCUAUUUUUAAAUAUUGUUUCUGUUCUAAACUUCUUCUUUAAAAUCCAAUUCAGUCAUACAAAAUAACAUUGUUGGCCAAACAUGGAAGGACAAGUGUUUUAGUAUACAAAAUUAGCACUACGUACAGUGGCCUGAAGAAAAGGAUUUGGACAUUUAAGUUACAUUUAAUGUUAAAUGUGACACUUUUUGUAAACUGAAUACUAUAUUACUUUGUGAAUUUAAAGAGAACUAACUUCACAUGUCCACUAAAAUCAUGUUAACACAGUUGAUUAAAUUCUCAAAAAAAAAAGAUAGAAUUCAUAUAUAUAGUAAGUUUGAUUGUAAGUGCUCAAAAACUUGCCAGGCCACUGUACGAAAGUUCAACUUGACUGUAAUGUUUAAUUAGCUAUAAUGCUAACAUCUGUGAAAUUAACAGUUUUAUAUGGCGUAUUGUUCAUAAGAGGGAAAAUUUCUCAGGAAAUAACCUCCAGUUUAAAACAGAUGUAAAAAGAGUAUUUUGUACCCUAUGACAUUUUGACAGUAUUUCUUUAAUGUGUAUUCAUGUUUGAAAUAGCGUUGUGUGUAAAAAGAAUGAAUCCACUUUAAUAUGGCUAAAAUUUGAAGAUUUGCACACUUUGACAAAUGGAGGAGUUUUGGCUGAGAUUUCUAAAACAUAUUGAAUUUCUAAAACAUAUCAGUAUUAUCAGUAGUCAAUACUAACAUUCUCAUAAGUUUUAUGUGGACGUUAGAGUUUCUGUUCAUGUUAUUUGUCUUACCAGGAAAACAACCUAUAAAACCUCUUUAUUUUCGCAUGAACCGAGCAGCAAAUGUUCCAGCCCUGUUGCAAGUCUUGCUCUGUUGCGAAAGCAAGUUUGAAGCAGUCCAGUGCUCCAAAUAACGUCCAUCCAGAAAAGACAGCUGUGCUCGACAGGUCACGGGCCAUAGGUUCAUUCUAGGUUGAAAAACGACAGUGCGUUUCCUUUUACGUUUCAGCAAAUGUGACCAUUUCAGAAAAGAUACAUGUUCCCUUAUGAAGUCUGAGCUCUGAAAUCCUGUAUUUUAACAAUCACUUAACAAUGUCAUACAAUUAGUGAACCUUCUUAAAAUAAAUCUGUAUAUGAGUCAAA